GAGACUUCGACGAAUCCCGUCGAACAGUGGACUUCGAGUCCCGUGAUGCAUGGGCUCCCAAAGUGCUUGAGACGCCCAUGCACACACUUCACUGUCUGUCCAGAGCAGUGCAGUAAAGCAGCAGGUUCGUCGAUGGAGCCAGCCCCGCCGCCGCUGCCCCUGCACUCUGCGACUUCGUACCUCCCGUUGAAGUCGAGCAGCUACAGUCCCGCCAUGCAAAUGGAGACGCGCCAGAGGCGCGCGAGCGCCACCUCCAGUUCUGGAAUAGGUCAAGAACACAGCACGACCUUCCCAUCGAUGCACGUUAACCUUGGUGUCGUCGACGGCAGAAGUACCAUCGUCGGGAGGCGUCCCCGUGCCACGAGCGACUCGAUCUUUGGCUCGGAAGGAAAUACUCCAACGUGCGGUAGCAGCAGCCCGGACACGACGACACCGUCACACACGCCGUCCGACAUCUCUCGGAAGCAACGGCAUAAUCUGCGCGAACAGCGACGCAUCAUGCGGAUCGGCAGUCAGUUUGACCACCUCAAGGCGAAACUCGAAGCUGUCGGGUUCAUCUCGAACAAGAAAGACAAGCAUAGCAUUCUCCAGGCAACGAUAGAGUACAUUGCGGCCCUGGAAUGCGAGGCUGCAACAACGCGAACAGCGUCCUCAGCUCAGUCUUCGUCGCCUACAUUGGAGCUCAACGAAACAUGCGAGCCUGCACCACACGGGAAAGAAAACUCGCCGCACAGCCAAUACGGUCACGUUCUCCGAGCUGACCCUGCCUUGGACCCCAUGCACGUACUUCAACAAGCACAGCCACCCACCCCGCAGUACCAGCCAGCUCCGCCGGCCCACUCGUCCUCCAUAGAGUGCCUCUGGAGCCUCGCAGCCCCCAUGGCCCCGUCCUUGCCAGUUCCCGAGCUCGUAGCCGACUCUACAGCGUCGUUCCGGCACGUAUUCCUCCACACGAGUGUGCCAUCGCUCAUUGCGCGGCUCGACGGCACCCUCGUCCAUGCCAACUACCUCUUUCACGAGUACUUUCCCACCAUGGUUGACGACUACAAUCAUACUCUCUACGCGCUGUGCAUUGCGUCCGACGUGCCGAAGAUGCAGUCCCUCGUGACGAAGGUCCUUACGUGCGAUGUCCACUCUGCCCAGACCAAAAUGACGUGGCAAGCUGGGAGGGCAGGCCAAGUCAAGCUCGUGUUUGUGUCAGUGGCUCUCGUGCGAGAUCACGCCGGCCAGCCCGCGAACAUCCAAUGCACCGUCCUGCCCAUGGCAUGAGAAGAUGCACGAACAGUAUUUAUGCACGAAAUAGAGAUAGUCUUCGAUCGCCCCGAGAGAUAUCCCUGCGGUACAAGGAAUUGUACGGUGGAGUCAAACAGAAUGGCAGAUGCGUUGGAAAUCGACGAGGUCUCGACGACGGCGUGGACUGGAACAGGGUUCACAAGGAACUACUCCCGUCGGGGGAGUGCUCGGUCCGAGAGAGUGACGCGUCAGCCUCCUCAUGCAACGUGCGCAGUAAUACAUGCAUGUCGGCUGGUGUGUACCGCUGAUUCAUGGCACGGUACUUCUUGAGCUGGAUCACCCCUACCAUUUCCUUGACCUUCCACCGGCCAACAUGUACGGCACGUUUGAUAUCUUCCUCGGCUGUCAGGUGGGCUUGCUUGAAGAAGGUCGCUUUGGCUUUCUCACGGACGUAGUCUAAGCCCAGAGGGUAGUCCCGCCCGACCGCAAGGACUCGCUUGUAUACAUCUCGCACGAGCGGAUGCAUGCCUGGGAAAAUGUG